AUGGCCUACGGACUGACAAUAGGAACAGACCGUUCUACUUCUCUCCAGAAUGCUAUCCAAGACGAGCUUACGAAGCGAGGCUAUAGCCCUGACGCAGAUCCAGUUAUGGCGGAAUAUAUCACAAUAAUGAUUAUUAACAACAAAACACCAGCUCAAAUCUCAUCUGAACUGGAGGAUUUAAUCGGCAGCGACUUUGACCCAAGUUUCGUCGACUGGCUAUUCGCAGAAGCUGCAAAAGGGGCACCUGAGUCAGAAACACCCGCUCCUGCUGAACCAUCGACUUCCACGCAGACUCCCGUGCGUGAAUCACCGCCACAUGUCAGUAGCGAUGCCUCGCGACGACCACCAAACGGACCUCGUUCCAGCGCGCCAUUAUAUCAGCAUGCUAUCUCACAGGCAUUACCUUCUAUGUCUCCCACGGCGCAAAAACGAAGUGCUUCUGCACGAUCACCUUCGCCAACGGGGCACGUCAACAAGUUGAGACGAACGGAUCUGCCGACCGGGCCCCGCGCCAUGUAUCGGGAUGGUACUGGAUCACACCACGGAGGAACGAGAAGCUUACUGGAGCGUGUUGGGCCGGUGCAGAACAACCAGGCGGGAUACAUGUCGGAUGAUAUCCAAGCACGAAUUGACAACAUUACGAGCAACCCAGACCCUGGGAUGAUGAUGAUGGGCGGAGGAUUUCCGAUGGGUGGUAUGAGUGGUAUGGACAUGGCGGCGAUGGCGAACCCGCUGAUGCUACAGGAGAUGUUGAUGAGCCAAAUGGCGUUGGUGUCACAGAUGGCGGGUGCGAUGGGGAUCAUGAACCCUGCGGUGGGACAGUUCAUGAAUCCUGGGUUCCCCAUGCAGCCAGGCAUGGGAGGAGAUAUGGGUCUGAUGAAUGGUGGAAUGAACGGGAUGCAUCACGUCGGUCCGGAAGGCGCGGGAAGAGGACGGAGGGGAAGGGGAGGACAACCACCACGAGGUACAGGACGGUCAAGAGGGGGACCACCUGGGACCACUAUCGCUUCGCCCAAUACCUCAGAAGCAACAGUCGAUGGCCCGCAAACCGCGGCACCACCAUUAGCUACAUCUGGCCAGCAACUCCAGAUCCCGGUUGUUGCUCCAACGCCAAAGCCUGCCGUUUCUUCUCCCUCAUCCCCAGCAACUACCGUUCCAUCUAUCUCGAAUGCUCAAGCACAUCCGCGCUCUGGAUUUGUCCCACCUGAGCGACCACAGUCGCCUACAUUAUGCAAGUUCGCGCUUAAAUGCACCAACCCUUUGUGUCGGUAUUCCCACCCAUCCCCCGUGGCCACGGCGGAGAGCGGUGUAGUUCUUAGUAACGAGGCAUGCGAGGAGGGAAGGAAUUGCAAGGACAAAGACUGCAUCAAGGCUCACGUCAGCCCAGCAGUUCUAAAUGCCAAAGCAACGGAACAUAUGAGGCCUGCUACCUUCGUUCCCCCGACAAUAUUGGCUUCACAGUCUCAGACGCCCUGCAGAUUUGGCGUCGCUUGUACACGCCCCGGUUGCCCAUAUUUGCAUCCCCGCACCGUCGAGCCGAAGUCUCAUUUUGCUCAGCCGUGCCGAUUUGGCACGGCGUGCACACGGGCCACAUGCCCCUUCCAGCAUCCCGAAGGACGGGUACUGCCAUCCACAUUCCAUCGCGGCCUUUCGACGCAUAGCCCGAUGGUAAACAUUUCCACACCUGAAGCCGGCUCGAUGAGUACGCCUAGUCCGCACAAGAGCAUCACCUUCAACAAAUCCGCGAUCGGAGGGACCGCUGCCGAGUUGGAGAAGAAGGUGAAGGAGAUGGAGGAGAAGAAGAUUCAGGCGGAGAAGGCAGUCGCCGAAGCUGAGGCUGCCGCUGCUGCAGGCAAGAAUGAUGACUCGUCCAAGCCGGUCGUGAUUACCGCGUGA